AUCGCCAAGCGAAUCACGCACUCGCACCCGCCAGCGUGUAAUCGGGACGUCGCACGAUUGGGACUUGUUUCGCUGCUUCUUGUGGUACUCGGGACUCUGGGGCUGCCGAUUGUGAAUUGUUUGUUCGGCCUUCCGAAAGGCAUCCGUGCUGUGACGGGCGAUUCCCUGCAUCGCGAUCACUUGAUAAACAUCGGAUAAAUCUGGUGGUUCCGUCGUUUUAAAUUGGGAUCGAAUAUUUCACAAGAUGGGCGCUCCGAUACUCGCCUCGGCGGCUCACGCCAUGUCGGCACUCGAAACUGGCGGCCACACCAUGGAUGCUUCCAUCACUUCCAGAGACACCAAGGGCGGCCGGAGGCUAUGGUACCGCAUGAGGGUGAUCCAGCAGCCGGAGCGUGCGAGAGCCUGUGGCUCUGGUCCGAAGUCAUCCGCCGACCGUCGCCCUGUUGACCCGCCUCCCGUUGUGGAGCUGCGCAUCUACGAAGGCCAAACGUGGGACCAGGCACAGGAGAAGGACAUCACUUUCGUCUACAAUGCCAACUUCUUCCUGUUCGCCACGCUCGAGCAUGCUCGGAUCAUGGCCCAUGCUCGCGGCUCGGCGUCUUCGGCUAACACGCCGCCUGUGCUGACCGGUAUGCCCGUUUCCGGCAUGGCGUAUCUGGACCGGCCGCAGGAGGCUGGUUAUUUCCUCUUCCCAGAUCUCUCGGUAAGGCACGAGGGCCGGUACAAGCUGACCUUCAACCUGUACGAGGAGACCAAGGAAGACAAGGACAAGGACAAGGAGCGCGAUGUCGAGAGCCAGCCGCCUCUUACCGGCCUGAGCCCCGCCACGGGAGGCUCGUUUGAUUUCCGCAUGGAGGUCAAGUCGCAGGACUUCAUCGUUUACAGUGCUAAGAAGUUCCCCGGUCUGGCCGAGAGCACGGCGCUCAGCCGUGUUGUUGCGGAGCAGGGAUGUCGCGUGCGCAUUCGCCGUGACGUGAGGAUGAGGCGCCGCGAUGGCAAGGGUGCUGGAGACUACGACAACGCCGAGGAGGAGUACAACCGCAGGAGGAGAACGGCGACGCCCGAUAACCGCAACAACGACUUUGCCGCCCGCGCGCGGUCGAUGAGCGGGAGCACAGAACGCACCCCGUAUUCGGCUGACCCCCAGCGCCGUCCGUCGAUGGCCGAUUACCCGUCGCAGUAUGCGCAGAACCCGCCAUCUGGUGGCCAUCUGGGGUUCCUGGGUGGAAACGCCAGCUCGCAGUACCCUGCUGCCCCGCCGCAGCCGUUUGCGCAGCCGCCGUCGGUCCCUGCGUCGCCUGUGUACCCGCCCACCCAGGCCGCUCCCUACCAAAUGCAGGCCUCAUACCCUCCACCGCCGCCGCCGCCUGCGCCGAAGCCGCACAGCAGAGAGCGGACGCCUUCCCAGUCCGGGUAUGCCCCGAUCAACCCGGCGCCGCCUCGCCGUGAGAGCAUCCACCACGACUACCGCCCGUCCGGCCCCGUACAACUCCCACCGCUGCCUCCCCCGCCCUUCCACCCGCCGACGCCGAAGCAGUCCCACAUGCUGCCACCACAGGCGCCGCAGCCGCCGCAGGUCCUCCCGCCUCUCCGGAUCGACGGCAACAACAACCGCCACCCGGUGCCCAUGUCGAGCCCGACGUCCAACAACAACAACACCCCACGCCACCUCGCCCCGCUCGCGCCGCUCAUCCAGAGCGCCACCAACAGCAACAACACCAGCACCGGCAAGGGCCCCGUGCACCCGGCCACGCUGCCGCCGCCGACGACGUACGCCGGCACCAAGCGGGCGCACGACGAGUCGUUCUGGUACGAGCCGGAGCGCGGGCGCUUCCAGAACGGCGCCCGCGACAAGGGCACCUCGGAGGACAUUGCCCGCGACGAGAUGCCCAUGGCCUUUGCGCGUGCCGAUGGCAGCCGGAGUUAUGGUGCUUUGUUGCCGUAUUAAAAGUCGAGGGGCUGCGAAGGAAGUGGUGGGUAUGUGCGUUGUUGGGGUUGGCUGUUCUGGGUUUUUCGGUUGGUGUGGUGGUUGGUGGUGUUGGGAGUUGAUCGCUUCCCAUUCUCUUCUUUGUGCUCUUUCCCCUAUUUUUGUUUCGCGCUCUUCCAAAACGCCUGUAUGAGUCAACGAUUGG